AUGAUGGAUGAUGACACGGAGUUGAGGACUGAUGGAAACUCCCUUCUGAAGGCUGUGUGGCUGGGCAGGCUGCGGCUGACCAGACUCCUCCUGGAAGGGGGAGCUUAUAUCAAUGAGAGCAAUGACAAAGGCGAAACGGCUCUCAUGGUGGCAUGUAUCACCAAACAUGUGGACCAGCAAAGUAUCAGCAAGUCUAAGAUGGUGAAGUACCUGUUGGACAACAGGGCAGACCCUAAUAUCCAGGAUAAGUCUGGAAAGACUGCUCUCAUCCAUGCUUGCAUCAGAAGAGCCGGGGGAGAAGUGGUCUCCCUACUACUGGAAAAUGGAGCUGACCCCAGCCUUGAGGAUCGCAGUGGGGCUUCGGCUCUGGUUUAUGCAAUAAAUGCAGAUGACAAGGAUGCAUUGAAACAUCUCAUUGAUGCCUGCAAAGCCAAAGGGAAGGAAGUGAUUAUUAUAACAACAGAUAAGUCAUCUUCCGGCACCAAAACUACUAAACAGUAUCUUAAUGUCCCUCCUUCACCCAAAGUGGAAGACCGACAGUCACCUCCACUGUGUGCGUCUCCUUCUGACAUUGAACUGAAGGCUCCAGGCCUGAGCUCUCCACCAAAUGAAAAAGAGGAUGUCUUCUUCGGCCUCCAAACAGGACACCCAAGUGGCUGUAACACCUCUAAGAUUCUCAAUGAGCCUGGGUCUCCCACUAGGAAAGCCAGCAACCUUCCCACCAGGAAAGUGGGGGCCCGCUUGCCCCAACUGAAGAGGCUCCAGUCUGAACCCUGGGGCCUGAUUGCACCGUCUGUGUUGGCAGCCUCCUCUCGUCAGGAUGAAACCCACAGUGCCAGCACAGACAAUGAGGUCAUCAGGAACAUCAGUGACAUGUCUUUCCCUAAAAGGGGGCCCCUCUCCAGAACCAACAGCAUUGAUGGCAAAGACCCUGCCCUCUUCCCCACAGUCCCAGAGCAGGCUCUGAAGGUUCCGGCCUCUUCAGCCCCAGCAUCCUGGAAAGCAGCCUAUGAGAAGGGCCAGGCUUCCCACCCUCGUCUGGCAAGGAGAGGAGCUCUCCCUGUUGACCAAGAGAAAGGUGGCAUGUGCCCAUCGGGAGCCUCUGCUCUCAAAGAGCCAGCAUCCCUCAAACGGCUGGAAAAUGACCUCUAUGACUUAGAGUUACAACCAGGGGCUGACUCACCCAACUCCAUUUCCCUCGAGCCAGGCAAAGGUCCCUUAGAUAGAAAGAAGCUCAACAGCUCCCACUUGUCUCUUUUCCAUGGCUCUCGGGAGUCCCUGGAUGCCGUGCCCACCACAUCCCCCAGCUCUGUGCGUCGCAGACCCCCGCAUCUUCUAGAAAGACGAGGUUCUGGAACUCUGCUGCUAGACCGCAUCGCUCACACUAGGCCUGGCUUUCUUCCACCUUUAAAUGUGAAUCUGAACCCACCCAUCCCCGAUAUUAGACCGAAUAGCAAACCUUCUUCCCCACUUGCUAGUGGCUUAAAAUCUAUGGUUCCUGUUGCUCCAAGUUCACCAAAGAGAGUUGACUUGAGAAGUAAAAAGAAGCUCCUCAGAAGGCAUUCUAUGCAAAUUGAACAGAUGAAGCAGCUGUCGGACUUUGAAGAAAUAAUGACCUAG